UGCAAUUACAAGUGUAGUGGAGAUUUAUUUAUGACGGUAGAGAGAGAAAAUCAAGAAAGAAAAAUCAGUUGGAGAAAUCAAGGUUUGAGUUUAGUUCUCCUACAUUUGAAGAAAACUGAAAUCAAUCUUCUCAUCUUUGUCUGAGAGUAAUAAUCAAGAAGAAAAUGAAGGAGAAGAAGAAGAGUCUAGCUUUUCACCCCAUUGAGCAUAAGAGGGAUACUUAUGGAUUCGUAGUGAGACCUCAACAUUUGAAGAGAUAUCAAGAGUAUGCUAAUAUCUUCAAGGAGGAAGAAGAGGAGAGAUCAGACAGAUGGAAUAACUUCUUGGAGAGGCAGGCAUUUUCUGCGCAGCUACACUUAAAUGGCUUAUCAAAAGAUGGACAUAACACCACAUCUGGUGCCGAAGCUUCAGAGUGGGAAUCGACAACUUUGUUGGAGAAGGUUGUGGAAGAAGAUGACACGAGAAGUGGGUCACGGUCUGGUUUAGAUGGUUUCAACUCAGAGACAAGUAUGCCAGAAAAGGAAGUGAUGCCGCAACCAAUUAAGAAUGUAAAGAGUCAUAAAAUACAAAUAUGGGGUGAAAUUAGACCAUCUCUUGGUACCAUUGAGCAAAUGAUGAGUGUUCGUGUUAUGAAAAGCAAGAAAACAUUAAAAAGUGAGCAGGACGCAAAAACCACAAAUCAAGUUGGUUUGACUGAAGAUGAUUCUGAAGAUGAGUUCUAUGACUUAGAGAGAUCGGACUCAAUCCAAGAUGCCAACUUCAGUGACACUACCAGUGUUUCAAGUGAUGGAAUUUCUCCGGAACCUUGCUUGCCUUGGAAAGAGGAAUUGGAGUCACUAGUUAGAGGAGGAGUACCAAUGGCUCUUAGGGGAGAGCUUUGGCAAGCCUUUGUGGGUGCUAGGGUACGUCGAGUGGGGAAAUAUUACCAAGAUUUGCUAGCUACAGGUUCUCAUACCAGUAAUAACAAAGAGCAUGGUACAUCCUUGUCUAAGACAAGUAGAUUGAGCACAGAAUGCACACCUGAGCUAUGGAAGGGGCAGAUUGAGAAGGAUCUGCCUCGAACCUUUCCAGGUCAUCCCGCUUUGGAUGAGGACGGUAGAAAUGCGUUGAGGCGUUUACUCACAGCAUAUGCUCGGCAUAACCCCUCUGUAGGGUACUGCCAGGCCAUGAACUUCUUUGCUGGGUUAUUAUUGCUAUUAAUGCCUGAAGAAAAUGCAUUUUGGACUUUGAUGGCUAUCAUUGAUGACUAUUUUGAUGGCUACUACUCCGAGGAAAUGACAGAAUCUCAGGUAGACCAACUUGUCUUUGAGGAGCUGAUGCGUGAAAGGCUUCCCACAUUGGCCAAUCAUCUCGAUUACCUGGGAGUACAGGUGCCAUGGUUCACAGGACCCUGGUUCCUGUCCAUUUUUGUGAAUAUGCUUCCUUGGGAAAGUGUGUUUCGAGUCUGGGAUGUCCUUCUUUUUGAAGGUAACCGUGUUAUGCUAUUUCGGACCGCACUUGCAUUGAUGGAAUUAUAUGGACCUGCACUAGUUACAACAAAAGAUGCUGGAGAUGCUGUUACUUUGAUGCAGUCCCUUACUUCUUCAACAUUCGACAGUAGUCAGCUUGUAUUAACUGCAUCCAUGGGUUACCAAGCUGUCAAUGAAGCUAGAUUGCAGGAGUUGAGAGACAAACAUCGUCCAUCAGUAAUAGCAUCCAUAGAGGAAAGAGUAAAAGGGCUUCGCGGUACAAGAAUACUAAAGACAAAUGUAACAGAAGGACUAAAUGAAAUGCAAAUGAAUGGAAAUGUCCCUGUUUUGGAUUAUGGCCUCCUAAAUUGCCUAACAGGGAGUGUGGGUGUACGUCCUGCUCCCAAUCAUCACGAGGAGGGUGCAUCUUUGAAAGUUCAGAUCGGUAAAGUGUUGGAGGAGAAAAAUUCGGCUAUCAUCAGAGCUGAAGAGCUAGAGACAGCACUAGUUGAGAUGGUCAAGCAUGAUAACAGACGUCAAUUAAAUUCAAAGGUUCAGAUGUUGGAGCAAGAGCUAGAUCAACUACGAAAGGAAGUCGUGUACAGGCAAGAACAAGAAGAAACCAUGAUUCAGGUCCUGAUGCGAGUAGAACAUGAACAAAGGGCAACAGAAGAUGCUCGUAUAUUGGCUGAGCAAGACUUGGCUGCUCAAAAAGAUUACACUCACGAGCUUCAGGAGAAAUAUGAAGAGACUAUGAGAUUGAUUGAUCAGAUGGAGAAGAGGGUGGUCAUGGCAGAGUCAAUGCUGGAGGCUACAUUACAGUACCAAUCUGGUCAAGCUAAGAAGCUAAAUUCCCCAAGAUCUUCACAUGUGGAAUCUUCAUCAGUACAAGUAAACCAGGAGAAGGCCCGUGAUAUACCACCUAGAAAAUUCAGCUUGCUCUCCACGUAAUUCAGACACGAAAAGAACGAGGGGAAACCAAUUACUGCCAAGAAACACGAGUGAUUCGUAAUUUUUCCUAAUAUGGAACCAUGAAACCAUAAGGCAUGGCGGAUACAGCUCAAGACUCGAGACAACCAAAAGAUAGAAAGCAAUCACUGCAUUGUGAUUACUCUGUCGAUGUGAGCAUUCAAAUGAUAAGAUUAAGAAAGGAAACGGAAACCAUCACUGCACUGUGAUUAGUUUGUCGAUAGGAGCAUAUAAAUGAUUGAUUCUUAUCUACUACUACUACAUGAUUGAUGAAAAAGAAGCUCAGAUCCCCAUAUAUGCACCAACCAAACCUAGACCUCAUGUUUUGAAUUAGGUACAUAUAUAUAUAUAUAGGUACAGGGGCCAUUCCCAAUGUACAAAAUAUAUAUAUAUAUAUAUUUCUUUCUCUGUAUCAGUACCAAAUAUAUUAGUACUUUGCAUGGAUCUAGUCUUCUUGUCUGUAACUUGUUAAACAAGAUGAAUGUACAUGCACAUGGCAGUCCAUUUCUUUUGCAUAAUAAACAAAGAAGUAGGUGAAGAAGAAGAAGAUGUAGAAGAAAAGGAAGAAGAAGAAUAAAACAAGCUUAAAAUACAAAGAUAAGGUACAAUAACCAUAGAUGAAUGUAUGACCUAUCUGUUUUUCUCUAAUAUAAAUAAACUUGUUAUGUUUGUAA